UUCCUCAGUCUGUUUUUUCCUUAAAACCCUAAAAAUCGAAAUCAAGUUCUGCGAGCGACUCAAAAACCCUAAUUUUCGAAUUGCAGUUCUUAGAAGCCAUUUGAUCGAGCGCAAUGGUGGAAGAGAAAGGGAUAAUGGAAUCAACAACUGGUCCGAAGAAGAGGAAGUUUGGGAAGAGAAAGAACCCUAAGAUGAUGAAGACGAAGAAGAAGAAGAAGAAAGUUUCACAUUUUCCAGAGGGAGUUGGAGAGUUGAAGCCCAAGAAGAGUGAUCGGGAUAUUAAGAAGCUGUUCCGGAAGCGAGCGAGGGACUACAAUUCCGACGAAGAAGAAUCCGAAGACAAGAGAGAAGAAAACGACGGAGAUGGAGAUUCCUCUGAAGCAGCGGAGGAACUUGAGAAUCAAGAAGUGAAUAAGGAGGAUAAUGAAUUCUCCGACGUAGACGAAGCCGGUGAAAUUCAGCCGGGGAUUACCAAGUUCACGGAGGGAUGCAGAGCAUUUAGGAUGGCUUUCAAGAGUAUUAUUAAGAAGGCCGUGAAUGAUGAUCCUUUGGGUCCGGUUUUGUCAGCUCACAAGAAGCUUGUUGCUGAAAAACUUGCUGAAGAAGAGGCCGAGCGUAAAGUCAAGGGUCAAACCAAGAAGGAGAAGCACUUGGUAGGAGAGAAGGGCCAUGUGAAACCGGCGACAUAUUUAGAUUCGCAUGAGAAGUUUCUAAUCGGUGUUGCUACAAAAGGAGUGGUCAAGCUGUUCAAUGCUGUUAACAAGGCACAACAUGCUCAGAAAGGAUUGAAUCCUUCGAGUUUUAAAGACAAAAAAGCUAUAAGGAAACGGAGGAAAGAAGCCUUCUUUACAGAAUUAGGCAAGACACCAUCAGCCGCAGUCAAUGCUACUGCAAAGCUUCAGACAUCUAGUGGUCAAGCAGAUGAUGAAGGGCCUGCUUGGGCUCCAUUACGUGAUAAUUACAUGUUAACGAGUUCGAAGUUGAAGGACUGGGAUAAGAUGCCGGACAAAACUGUUACAGAUGAGAUUGGGAAUGUAUCAGAAGAUAGUAGCUCUGAUGAUGACUAAUUUUAAGGGACUUGACGUGUAGACUUCUUGUUCUCCUUGCUGUUAUUGCAUGGGAAAUUUUCCAAUCUCCUAACUUUCAUUCCAAAGUUUUGUAAAAUUUUGUUAAAUUGAUAAUUUAUAAAUGAAUGCCGUAAUUGCCAUAGCUACCUAUGUUAAUU